GCAAGCGCGCGGUGAAAGAUGAGGAAAGGCCAUGAGAUAAGACGACGACUCGCCCCACGGACACGCCAUGGCGAGCCUCCUCCCCUGCUUCAACUGCCACUCUCUCUCCCAUCCUCUCCCCGCACGUACGUCCCUCAAGCCUCCGCACGUGCGAUUCUCCCCUCCGGCGGGACUAUCUGGCGGCCGCGCCGACAGAGGCGUCCGGUUGGUGGCUCGCGCCGGCCCGAGCUCGAGCAGCUACGUGUUCGUGUUCGUGUUCCCUCUUUCUCUCCUGGUCGCCACCAUCUUCGCCUCCAUCAAGAUCGCCGAUAAGCUCGAUAGAGACUUCCUCGAGGAGCUUGCAAUUAAUCAAGCAAUUAAGGACGCGGAUGAAGGUGAUGAUGCUGAGGUCUUUUUAGAAGAGAAACCUGUUCUUUCCCGCUCUCGCAACCGGCCAAAACGAGAAGCGUAGACUGCAGAGGCGUUGUGUGUAGUUUUGACUUUAGUUGAGAGACCAACACACCAUGGGGAACACCAAUCUGGAGAGAGCAGUAGCAUCCUUGUAGUUUCAUGUGAUUCAUCUUGGUUCUGAAUAUGUGUAAUUUGGGUUUGAUAGAUGGAUUGGAA